CAAAUAUUCUAGAGAGUACGGAAAGAAUCAAACCACCAUUGCUGAUUAUUGCCAUUGGGGUUUCUUUCAAAAUUUGAACUUCAAAUCCUUCGCACCAACCAAUGAGUCGGCAACCGGAGGUGCUGUGGGCGCAGCGCUCGGACAAGGUCUACCUCACCGUCUCGCUGCCGGAUGCCAAGGACAUAUCUGUCAAGUGCGAACCUGAAGGUCACUUCACUUUCUCCGCCGUUGGUGCCAAUGGCGAAUCCUUUAACUUCGCGCUCCAACUGUACGGCAACAUUUCCCCUCAGGGAUGUAAAACAAAGACUGGGCUACGGAAUAUUCUGUGCUCCAUCCAAAAGGAGCAGAAGGGCUGGUGGAGAAGGCUUCUGAAAUCUGAGGAGAAGCCUGCUCCUUACAUUAAGGUUGAUUGGAAUAAAUGGUGCGACGAGGAUGAUGAAGAUUCGGAGGCAAAUCUGGCUUCAGACGAUGAUGUUGUGUAUACUGGGGAGAACGAAGAGAGCAGCGACGAUGAAGGGAUGCUCUAUCUUCCCGAUCUUGAGAAAGCCAGACGUAACUAGCGAAGACGGGAUGCUACUAUUUCGGAAGUCAUUUAGAGAUCCCUUUUGACGACAGAGUUAGCCUAUGUGGUACCUUAGGAUGGACAGAUCUAGGCUGUAAGAAUUUGAUUUCGGGUUUAUAUUUUUAUGCUUUGAUCUUAAAUGGUUAGAGAUCA